GUGAGCUAGUUGUCGCGUUACGCCAGUCGUUUAAAUUGGAUGUAACAAUUCGAGGCGCACGGUCCAUGAGUUCUUCGCGAGAGGACUGCAACGGUCGUGUAGUGAAUCACAUUCGAGCGACGUUUCGAAAGAUCGACGUGUCGUCGCGGUUAAAACGGUGGUCCUUACUCAACAGAGUUUAUCGCACCAUUGGGGAGCGUGCAUAGAAUGAACAUCGUGGCUUCGAGUACAUCGCUGAGCUGUCCCUACUAUUCGACGUGAUUAGUGGAAACGGAACAAGUGAUCAACGUUACCAGUGCUAUUGGUUAGUUUGCAACUUGAACAAAUAGAAGCUCGACACGGGAAAACCGUGUUUUUGAAUAUUCGUUUUGUGGCGCGCUUGUGCUCGUUACCCAUAAACCCUUGCGGCGAGUGUCCUUACGCGCGCGUGCGCGAUGUAAAUGGACCUCAAUGCCGCUAAAACGAAACGGACGGCGCGCAGAGUGAAAAGCAACGCGAAUAGUGUCAAUUGAAGAGUAUAUAAUGUGCAAGCGAAGCUCGGAUGACACCUAACAUCCACGUCUGAUGACAAACGUCAACAGGAUCAGGGUGGUCGUCCUCGGCGGCCCCAGAGUCGGAAAGUCAGCUGUAGUCGUGCGGUAUCUGACGAGGCGAUACAUCGGCGAGUACAGCUCAACCAGCGAUUUCCUGUACCGGCACAGCGUUACCAUCGAUAACGUUAGUACCGAGGUCGAGAUACUGGACACUUCCAGGUGCGAGGAAAAUGGUUGUCUUUACUCUCACAUCCGGUGGGGUGAGGCGUUCGUGGUCGUUUACAGUGUGACGUGUAAACGAAGCUUUCAGGAAGCCCGGGGACUGUUGAAGCAGCUCGCUGAUUUACGCCUGCCAUCCUAUUUCACCGCCCUGCUGCUUGGCAACAAGAGAGAUCUGGAUCAUGCUCGAGAGGUGUGCGUGGACGAGGGUCAGCAGCUGUCACUGGCCCACGGCUGCCAGUUCUACGAGGUCAGCGCCGCGGAGAGUCCGGCGGGCGCAGCGCUCGCGUUCCAGGCGUUGCUCCGCGAGGCUCGAUCGGUCCAAUUGCUACGAGCCCUCCCUAUACGCCGAAAAUUGGGCGUGCACUCGGUCUCGAGGGUGCUGGGCACGAUCUUCGGCAAGAACACCACCAAGGACCGGAAAAAGAGGCCCUCGUUGAGCAUAUGACGCCUCCUCUGCGCCCUCCUCCUCGGAGGUCGUGACG